AUGAUCAUGCCCGUUCCGCCACAACCCAUGUGCCCAAAGGAGACACGAGUGAGUGUGAGUUAUGGCUUUGGCUUGGCACAUGACGACCAGGGACGAGACAUAGUUAGACUGAAAUCUUCCUGCACGUCGCACGACGUGCCGUAUGGGGAUCAUUUCAGUGUUGAGGAGAGCAUUGAGAUGGUUCGCGAAGGUGAUGGCGUUCUAGUCACCAAGUCUUUCUCCGCAGACUUUGUGAAACGCACCUUUCUACGAUCAAUGAUCGAGUCCAGCAUCCAGAGCCAGCAAAAGAGCUUAUGUGAGAAGCUCAUGAGCGUCCUUCAGAGCUACGCCGAGGACAUGUCCCCUGUUAACGUUGGAUCACCGACUUCCUGUACUCCCAGACCAAGGGCGAGCAACUCAGGUCUCUUUGGCAUGAUCGAUGAUGACAGUGACAUCGAGGACGCGCCCUCCAUCGAUGGCGACGUACCAUUUUCGGGCGAUGAAGAUGCCGUGAUCUCUGCCGCCUUGGGCACCAUGGAUGAUUCCCAGGAUGGGCUCAUGGUGACCGCCAUCCCGUCCAUUAUUGACUUUUUGGGUCUCGGUGAUACCAUCUCAAGCAUGGCGAGCCAUUCCUGGAAGAAGCAAAAUGCCAUCAAGGAGGCGGACCUCACCUGCGAGGUUUGGGAACUGCAGAGGAGAACGACGAUGUUCCACGACGAUUGGCGGGCUCCGUUCCUUCCCCACGAUGGGCAGAAGCAAGCACGGUGGGUCGACGAAAGGUAUCAUAAGCACCCAUGGCUUCUCGCGAAAAUCAGCAGCACUGCCGCGGCGGCACAUCCACCAGUAGAACCGCCCCCAGCUAUGAGGGAGAAGGGCAAGUGGAGCGUUGUUCCCGACGGUCCUGCCGACAAGGACGGGUGGCAAUAUUCGACCGACUUCCACAAGACUCCCUCGAAAUGGGGUGCAAAGUCCACAAUCGGACUUUGCCGGAAGAGGCGCUGGGAAUGCAGCUUCGUUCGUCAGCCUCGCCUUAUUUCACCUCGACUGGUGAAGGUACAGAUGUGGGAGCUGCAACGGAGGACAACAAUUUUCCAGACCGACUGGCGUGCUCCAUUCCUUCCUCAUGACGCUUUGCGGCAACGCUUGCGGUGGGUAGAUUUGGACUUCAACAUCCACCCUUGGAGCCUGUCAGAUCCUGCGACUUUUGCCUCUUCGGAAAAGCCGCCGAUCAAAGCGCCCGAGGGUUGGGAGGCAGAGGGUUGGGUCGUGGCCGAGCCUUCAGGAACAUGUGACCCUGCACGGUGGCAGUAUUCCACAGACUUCAACCGAUCCAGCAAUCGCUGGGGUUCCAAUUCAACCGGGAUGAGUUGCCGAAGGCGGCUCUGGGCCUGCAUUUUUACGGAGCGCUGCCGCUUGAAGCUUUGA